UCCCGUCCUUAUUCCUUCCUUAUUAUCGGGACAACCUCGAUGAAUUAUGUUUGACGAUCGUACGAGGAGGGCUGGUCGAUUUCAGAGGUGCCUGCUCUGAGGUGAGGUUGCAAGACUCGACAGCCUACCUUACCGAGAUACUUUUUUACUCUCCUUGAAUCAGCUGAAAAUAAUGAUUAGGCCUAGAAAAAAUGCAUUAAGUAACUGAUGAAGUGUGGAUGAAUUAAUAAUCAUCAUGCUCUAGAAAGCCUUUCGCCAACAAGAGAAGACUAAUCUGAGAGAACAAAGCUUGCAAUGCCACAAAAUCAAUCAUAUCUGCUCAAAACGAACACAAAUGCGGGUUUGAACUGCCAGUAAAGCAAGGCAUUCUCAAAGCAUGAAUCCAGCAUUCAGUGUUUCCACCACGGAAACUUCAGACAGUGAUUCGGAACUGAAGCCAGUUUCAGGGCGUGUCUUACCUCCCAAAUGGGACGUAAGUAAGUCAGUGUCUCCGUCUGGAACUGGUGGCCUUGGAGUGCCAACGAUGGCUGGUUCUUCGUUGGGUGUUCCGACUCCGGGAGGAUUAUUUCCUUUGGGAAACUCCCAGCAAGUAGUUUCUGGAUCAGCCACAGGUAAUCCGAGGAACAAGGUGGCUCUGAAACCCGGCUUUUCACUCAUGGAUUGGAUCCGCUUGACCAAGUCUGGUCGAGACUUAACCGGAACUGGCGGGAAAAUUCUCAAGGUGACCAAAACAGAAUUGGCUAAGCACAACAAACGCAAAGACGCAUGGAUGGCCAUCAACGGAGUGGUUUAUAAUGUGACGGCCUAUAUGGAUUAUCAUCCUGGAGGCUGGGAUGAAUUAGUUCGAGGUGCAGGGAUCGACGCUACCAAUUUGUUUAAUGAAGUUCAUCGGUGGGUCAAUUAUGAGUCCAUGUUGGCGGCUUGUGUGGUUGGAAAACUUGUGGAUGCCGACGAGGUGGCUUUUAAAUUGCCUCCAAAGUCGAAAGGUCCUUCGUCCUUUUCGUCUUUGUCUACAAACAGCUCUCUUAGCGCCAAACCUGUGAUACCUCCAAUCAAAAGUAAGCCACAGCUACCUUCCAUCGACACCCACCAGACAGACCUGACCUUCGUGAUCUCCGUUUUCACUCGAGUUCCCAACCAAUUGCAACGGGAAAACAUCAUCAUCGAAAUACUGGAAAAAGUGCAUUGCUACUUAUCGAUCCGCAUCCCCAAUCAAGAAUCGGAGGAUCAGCCAUUCAGGUUUUUGAGCGAGUAUACCCUUCAUGACAAAGCCAGAUUAGGCAAGGUCACCGUGGUCACAUCUACCGGUAAAGUUGAAAUCGUGCUGAAGAAGGAGUCCAAGUCACAUUGGCCCAAUUUGGGUCAGAUCGUUGAAGGUUUCCCCAAAUUGAGCAAAGCUGCAAACCUAGAGACCCGAUAUCGUGACUGGGCAUUGAUUGACCGAAAAACCGUCACUCAUGACGUUGAUCAUCUUAUUCUUGAGCCUUUGCCAAAUCUAGAUUUGCACUUCUUCGUCCCUGUGGGACACCAUAUUCAUACCAAGUGUUUGGUGGAGGGCAUGGAAAUUGUCCGUAGUUACACCCCUAUUCUAGCGAAUUUAGAUCCUUUCCUCAUUGACGAUGGGAAACUCCACUUUUUGAUCAAGACUUACUCGCACGGCGCCCUGACUCCCAUGCUGAAGGCUUUGGAAAAGGGUCAAACCAUCCCUAUCAGCGAUCACACAGGUUCGUUUGAUAUUCACACGGCAUUCCAAGACGUGAGACAACUGAUCUUGGUGGCUGCGGGAACCGGAUUCACACCCAUGGCCAAAUUGUUGCAACAGUUCUUGGUCAAAAAGCAUGAGACCAAAUCCGUGUGUCAGUUGCUGUUCUUCAAUAAAACGGAACAAGACAUCAUGUGUCGAGAGCAAUUGAAAGGCUUAGAGAUUCAAUAUCCCAUAUUCAAAGUUCACCAUAUCCUCUCACAAGACGAAAAGUGGACUGGAUUGAAAGGCCGGAUUUCACGGGAGAUCCUAGAUAAAGUUUUGCCGGAGAAUCCUAAACGGCGCUUGGUGACGAUUUGCGGCCCAGGUCCAUUCGCGGUUGAAGCCAAGAAACUAUUCCAAGACAUGGACGCCCCCGAAGGAUCCAUUUUUCACUUUCAAGGUUAAUCGUUCCCCUAAAUAAAUCAAUAGUCUGAAAA